AUCACACACACCACACCUGACUGCUGAACCUACCUCAGCUCUCUCAUCACACUUCCAAUCGCCGGAGCGCCAUUGACUGACUACAUGUGGACAACGAGCUCCAUCUGUCUCUGAUCCAUUCCAUGGCUUUGAUUUUGAACCCUGGCGUUGCCUCCUCGCCUCUGAUGAGGCUACUGGAGGAGGAUUCUUCCAGCGGUACUCCAACAGACGCGGUCAUAUUCGUCGGAAUUAGUUUGGUGUUGGGAAUCGCUUGUCGACAAGUACUCAAGGGCACGCGUGUGCCCUACACGGUAGCACUGCUUGUUCUCGGCAUUGGACUUGGAGCCUUAGAACAUGGAACAAGCCACCAGUUGGGAAAGAUUGGGAAUGGGAUUCGUAUAUGGGCUAAUAUUGAUCCUGAUCUUCUAUUGGCUGUGUUCCUUCCUGCACUUCUUUUUGAGAGUUCAUUUUUGAUGGAAGUGCACCAAAUAAAGAGGUGUCUCAUGCAAAUGAUUCUACUUGCUGGACCUGGAGUUCUCAUUUCAACCUUUCUUCUUGGGGCAGCUCUAAAGCUUGCUUUUCCAUUUGAUUGGAGCUGGAAAACAUCAUUGCUGCUUGGUGGGCUCCUCAGUGCAACUGACCCUGUUGCUGUUGUAGCCCUCCUGAAAGAUCUUGGAGCUAGCAAAAAAUUGAGUACUAUAAUUGAAGGAGAGUCCUUAAUGAAUGACGGGACAGCAAUUGUGGUGUAUCAGUUAUUUUAUCGAAUGGUUCUUGGCUGGAGCUUUAAUUGGGGAUCUGUAAUAAAAUUUUUGUCUCAAGUUUCUCUUGGAGCGGUCGGUCUUGGGAUUGCUUUUGGAAUAGCAUCUGUGCUGUGGCUGGGAUUCAUAUUCAAUGACACAGUUAUUGAAAUCUCUUUGACACUUGGUGUGAGCUACGUAGCAUACUUUACAGCUCAAGAAGGAGUUGAUGUUUCAGGAGUUUUGACUGUUAUGACUUUGGGGAUGUUCUAUUCUGCUGUGGCUCGAACUGCCUUCAAGGGUGAAAGUCAGCAAAGUUUGCAUCAUUUUUGGGAAAUGGUUGCUUAUAUUGCCAAUACAUUAAUAUUCAUCUUAAGUGGAGUAGUCAUAGCUGAAAGUGUCCUCAGAGAUGACAAUAUAUUCAAAACCUAUGAACAUGUGUGGGGUUAUUUAUUUCUUUUGUAUGCAUUUGUUCAACUUUCUAGGGUGGUUGUAGUUGGAGUACUGUUUCCAUUGCUUAAAUAUUUUGGAUAUGGCCUGGACUUUAAAGAAGCUACUAUCCUUGUUUGGUCUGGUUUGCGAGGUGCCGUUGCACUGUCACUAUCACUUUCUGUUAAGCAAUCUAGUCAUCAAUCUGUUUAUAUCAGUCAUGAUACUGGGGCUCUGUUUGUCUUUUUAACUGGUGGAAUUGUAUUCCUGACACUUAUUGUGAAUGGAUCAACAACACAAUUUGUUUUGCAUUAUCUUCAGAUGGAUAAAUUAUCAGCAGCAAAGGAGCGAAUAUUGAAUUACACAAAAUAUGAAAUGCUGAACAAGGCACUAGCUGCCUUUCGUGAUCUAGCAGAAGAUGAGGAAUUAGGUCCCGUAGAGUGGCUCACUGUUAAACGAUACAUAACAAGCUUAGAUGAAGUGGAGGGCGAAUGCAUACAUCCUCAUUCCUUAGCUGAACAUGAUGACAGCCCUGACCGUAUGAAUUUGAAAGACAUUCGUGUGCGCUUCUUGAAUGGUGUUCAGGCAGCUUACUGGGUCAUGCUUGAUGAGGGAAGGAUAACUCAGACUACUGCCAAUAUUCUGAUGCAAUCUGUCGAUGAAGCAAUUGACCUGGUGGUAUCUAAUGAAGAUUUGUGUGAUUGGAGAGGUCUAAAAUCCAAUGUGAAUGUGCGAAAUCACUAUAAGUUUCUUCCGUCAAGCAUUGUCCCUCAAAAGCUUAUUACAUACUUCACUGCUGCGAGGUUAGAGUCUGCAUGCUAUAUUUGUGCUGCUUUUCUCCGUGCUCAUAGGCUUGCACGACAGCAACUACGGGAUUUUAUUGGUGAUAGUGACAUUGCGGCAAAGGUAAUAAGAGAAAGCGAACAGGAAGGUGAGGAAGCAAGGAUGUUUCUAGAAGAAGUUCGUGUCUCGUUUCCUCAGGUUCUACGUGCUGUGAAAACAAGACAAGUAACAUAUUCUGUGCUGAAUCAUCUGAUUGAUUAUGUUCAUAAUCUUGAGAAGAUUGGUUUACUAGAUGAAAAGGAGAUGGCUCAUCUUCACGACGCUGUCCAGACUGACUUGAAAAAACUCUUACGAAAUCCACCUUUAGUGAAAGUUCCAAAAAUCCGUGAUUUGGUAGCUUCAAAUCCUCUACUUGGGGCUCUCCCUUCCUCGGUCCGUGACAUGUUGACAGAAUCUACCAAAGAAAUUAUGAAACUGUCGGGAGCUACACUUUAUAAGGAGGGAUCGGAGCCUGCUGGUAUCUGGCUAAUAUCAAAUGGAGUGGUGAAGUGGUCGAGUAAAAGUAUCAGUGACAAGCAUUUAUUGCGCCCGAUAUUGGCUCAUGGAAGCACUCUGGGAUUGUAUGAAGUUCUUGCUGAAAAGCCUCACAUCUGUGACAUUGUAACUGAUUCUGUUGUACACUGCUUCUUUGUCGAGACUGAAAAGAUACGUUCUGCCGUGAGAUCUGAUACUGCUGUCGAAGAUUUCUUUUGGCGGGAAAGUGUAAUUGUCCUUGCCAAACUCAUGCUUCCUCAUAUAUUUGAGAAAAUGUCACUGCAAGAUUUCAGAACACUCAUCGCCGAGAGGUCAACCAUGAGACUGUACAUACCGGGCGAGAGUUUUGAACUAUUACAUCAUUCUGUCGGUUUCCUGUUGGAAGGCUAUAUAAAAUUGCAAGGUGCGGACGAGAUGCUUACAGCUCCUGCAGCAGUAUUAACUCAUGCUGUCCAAACUUCUCGCCACUCCGAGACAAUGGGAAACAGAGCAGGAAGUUCGUUUUCUCAAGUUCAGGUGUACCAAGUCGAGACGAGGGCUCGUGUAUUAGUAUUCGAUACUGCUGGAUUCGAAGCUGGUAGAAGCCUCAGGAAAAGGCCAUCUUCCCUGAUCUCACACUCCGGCGAUCAUCUCUCUAGAUCGUUUACCAGAGGAGAGCAUGGCGAGCUAAUGAGCUGGCCUCAACAAUUUUUCAGCUUCAAACGUCAGGAUUCAGAGAUAGCAGGCGGACAUGUAAACAAUUUGUCCGCCAGGGCAUUGCAAAUAAGCAUGUUCGGUAGCAUGAUCAACAUCCGAAGGAAAAGAACGGGAAGCUUCCCAAGGAGCAAGCGAACAAUGCCUUCUCACAGCCUCUCAUACCCGAAUGUGACUUCAGCAGUCCGCCCGCGCCCCAUGGUAUCAGUGAAAUCGGAAGGAUCAUCCACUCUGCGACAUAAAUUCGAUAUGCAAAGCAGCAAACAAGAGAGCGGCGCCGCCGCAGCACACCUCAAAGUUCCCGGUGGAAGUCGCGCGAGGUUAGAUGAAUCGACCGAUGACGACGACGACGACGACGCCGAGGAACACAUUAUCAGAAUCGACAGCCCGAGCAGACUUUUCCACUGAUCAAGCUUCCCCUUCUUCUCUACCACGGAGCUAAUAAUCUGCAGUUAAUUUCACCGCAGUCUUGUACGUAGGACGCCAUUUGUGUGAGCUACAGAUUUAGGGUUUGGUACAACUCCCCAAACGCAUUGUACAAGGAAUAACAGCACGGACGAUGUAUUAUGAAACACCUACAAUUAUGUAGCUAGUAAUUUAAUAUCCCAAACUUCAAUUUCAA